CGUGUCGUCCUGUCCACCCGCAAAUAAAGACCUCCAUUUUUCUUGUGAAUACGCUGUGUACGAAUUUAUCAAAUCUGCCUCCACCCAGUGUGCUCUAACAUAUAUAUACAAUUUAAAGUUUAAUCUACUAUAGAAAAUACAAAAUUUUUAUCAUAAUUCGAUUGUAUAAAAAUUAAAGUAAUUAUUAUGAUUACUUAAGAUAUACAAAAAUCAGUCUGUUAUGCAUCAUUGUUACUAUUAUAUAACAAAAGUUCGUUCAUUUAUAACUUUAUUAAAGUAAAAUUAUAUAAUUAUAUAAUGCAAUAAUUCAAGCUUCAUCAAUUUACAAUUUAAAAAAAUGUAAUCGUAGAAAAAUUUAUUUUAAGUUAUAGACAAAAUAAAAUCUGCUUUUCUUUUAAUUACUCCACUAAAUAUCGUUUUUAAAAAUUACUUAUGCUAAUUGUAAAAUUAAAAUCGUAUUGUUGCAACCAAUUGUAAUUAGUAUACAUAUAUCACAAUAGCAUUUGUUGCCAACAUAUAGUAAAGUCAUAUUGAAAGAUUAUACUCAUCUAAUAUGCGGAAUGAAGAGCAAAGUACAAAGUAUAGAUAUAGAGUAAAUAAAAGCUCGAGUGCGUAGAAAUGAUCGUGCGUAUUCGAUGAGUGGGUACAAUCGGUUCUAAUCGAUCACGCCAAUACGGUUGCUUUGCAAUAUAAGAUAAACGAAUAAUACUACAUAUAUUUAAACGGUGAUAUUUUGUUAUAUAAGAAAAGUAACGAUUCAAAGACGAUACAGGGCAAUUAUCUAUCAUAGAUCUCUUACAAGACAUGCUAUAUUAUUGGACGAAAGAGCUCGGUGAGUAUUAUCAAAAACUUUUCAAAUAAACAAUCACUUUGCGUAUCAUUUGGCGCAAGACGUGACUGUGCUUCUUGAUAGUGUAAUAAUUUGAGAUUUACUAACAAUAUCUUAUAACAAUUUACAAUUUUUUAGAAAUGAGUUACUCCUACGAAAAUUUUUAAAAGAAAUGUGACGUAAAAUAGCACGUAUAACAGUUUCAGCGUGAGAAAAUGCAUGGAACAUUAAUGUUGUUAAUAAACAAUAAUAUAUAAAUAAAUAGAUUUAAUUUUAAUAAAUUAAUUUUGUAAACAUGUAAUUCCUUUGCCAAUUUAAACAUUACUGUAGUUUAAACUUAAUUAAAUUUUAUAUGUGUAAAUCGUAAAAAUUGACCGAAAAGCAAUGUCUUCUUAUAAUUGAUUGCUUUCUGUUGUAAUAAUAAAUGUUUUUUUUUCUUUAAUAAAAUAUGUGUCAUGUGAUAUUUAAAUAUAUAUGUUUUGCAAAAUGUUUCAACAUAGUAAUUUGGUUUUCAGAAUCAAGAGUAGCCGAUCUAUUGUUCGUAGAUUCUGCUUAUCAAAUACCACUUAUAACAUUCGCAUAUCUGUACUUUGUGCUCGUCUAUGGGCCAAAAUUCAUGAAGAACAAGCCACCAUACAAAUUAAAGACGCUUAUACAAUUGUAUAAUAUCAUUCAAAUUUUCGUGGAUAAUUUACGAAGCAACAUUACUAGAUGUGCAUGGAUUUAUUUAUUGUUAAAAAUAUUUGAUUUGGUCAAAACAGUCUUAUUUAUAUUAAGAAAAAAAGACUAUCAAGUAUCUGGUUUGCAUUUGUACCAUCACGUCUCUAGUCAUAGACUUAUAAUACAAUGGACAUGCCGUGCAGUAUGAUAAGUCUACCAUGUUGGCCCCGUCACAAGGCUACUUUGCCAGAAAAUAUCGGGAAAGUCUGGAAAUCUUAAAACAUCCUGACAACCUCAACCGCGACAAAGGCCUUCAAGUAAAUCCUAUUUGGCAUACCGUUCUCCCGGGUUUUUUAAUUGACCGGCCGGUCAAUCAAAAUGCUCUAAUUGGCUGACCAAGUCAAAUUCCCCACCCCAACCCCCACCGGGCGCAAUGGGGAUAUAUAAGGACUAACACAACCGAAGGGAGCUCAAUAUCAGAGCUCUCAGCCCUGAUGAUGCAAGCUGCAACGUUUGCGAAACGUCGGCAAAGGGCCCAACACGCACGUGGCAUCUAUCCGGAAACCCUCUCGAUUAACAAUAGCAAUGGCCACAGAAGCCUCAAGACUGGAAUUAUAAUACAUAGACUGCGCGUUCCCUAUUCUGCCCAUGUUAAGGAAAUGUCCUCACUUUAGAAAGAGACAACCUACUUCGAACAGUAACUUUCUCUCUGUCUAUUAAUAUGUAUAGUGGGGAAAAAAGAAGUAGAAUAAAAAAGUAGGGGAAUGAAGGAGAUUAAGGAGUGAUGAAAUUAAACUAUGAAACGUCAAAAGUUAAUAAUUGAAUGUAAUAAUUUUAUAUCAAUAUUAUUGAUUUUUAAAUAAAAUAAAUUUUGUAAAUUUCGCUCGUACUCGAUCAAUUUUAUUAUUCUUCAAGGCUGCAUAAUGGUGAAGACGAAGGAUGAAAAACUUUUUCAAUAAAAUUCGGAUCAAUUGAUUUUUAUGAUCCGCUAAUGGAGCUUGAUUAAAUGAAUGCUCCACUUCAGUAAAUAAAUCACAGGAAGGUUUUUUAUUGUAAAUAUUAUUAAUUUCUCCAUAACAUUUUUAGAAUGUAAGAUAUUCUCAUUUGUUCUAAAAAUAUGUUCUGCUGCUUUGCAAAUUUUUACAACAUUGUCUGACGCAUUAAAUAAUUUGCCAUAUUGUUUUCGUUUCUGCAACUGAGACGGUGAUACGGUUUGUUUUAAGCCUUCAAUACAGGAAUCACAUUUUUUUUUUCUGUUUGUUUAGCAACAAACCCUGCUAUAUACGCUAAAACAUCCUCCUGGUAUUCAGUGAAUAUUGUUGAUUUCGCACCAUAAUCAUGUUUUAUAUCCCAAAUCAAAUCUUUCGUCUCACUAUCUUCCUUAUUAUAAUUAUCUUUUUCAGCAUUUAAUUUCAAGAUAACUGUAUCAUCUUUGGGAGUGCAAUUAUCAUUAAAUAUUAUAUUAGUGUUAACAUGUGCAUGCAGUUUUUUUAAAGCUGAUUUAAAUUGUCGUACUGUUGGAUUAUUGUUGCACCCACCAAAUCGUCGAACACAAGCAAAAAAUGUUUCGACGUGAUCCUGGGACAUUUUAUAUGUUAAUAAAAAUGUCAUAUGCUUUUCUGCAAAUAAUUGUUCUGCCAACAGAAUUACUGAUUUCAAACAUAUUAUUGGUUCCAAAAACCCUGUCUUGUUUCUUGUUUCGAGUAUAGGUUGAUCAUAUAUUUUCAAUGAUUCAAUGUAUUUAAUAAUUUUUUCUGCACUCAUUUUCAUGCUCUCCAAAUUUUCUAUGCUAAUUGCUUGUUGGGUAUAUUUUUUUGUUAAAAGAUUUCUUGAAUUAAGCAAGUCAAAAAUAUCAUUCAUUAUUUGAUAAAAUUCUGCUGUUGGCGUUGCACCUUGAAAUUCUAAUAGCUUAAAAUCUUGUUCACAACUUUUGAGAGCAUUAGCAACGCUGGAACUGAAGGUCUGAGCAACUAAUCGUACUUUCAUUUUUUCAUUCUUAAAAUCAAUAUGUCUGAUUUUAGUCGCUAAAUGAAGUCCUUGUUCUUGUUUGUUUACAAGCAAAAUAAAAUAAUUCCAUUUAAUAAUCUUUUUGUUAAUAUCUGUGAACCAUCCUUUAGCAGCCAAUGUAUUCCUCAUCAAUUUUAACAUGUGGCAAGCAUCCAACAUUACAGUUAUGGGCUCUUGGGUUACAGGGUGUUCAAAAUAAGUUUUUAAUAUAUUAGAAGUUGUGAUUUUAGCCCCUAGCUCUUGAACCAUGGAAAUAUUCGUAGAGGUACCAUCAAAAGUUAUGUUGCAGAUUGAAAUUCCAUGAGCGUGUGCAACAUGUAAUAUAUCACUCAAUAUAUUAUUUUUUUCCUUUUUUUGUUAACGUGUGGAUGAAAUAAUAAGCUAUAACGAUUUUAAAAUGUCUAUUAAUGCCUACUAGCAUAAAAACUAAAACAUUUGUUGCUUCAGUCAACAAAUCGUUUUCACAGUCAUCAGUGUUAUCACAGUCAUUAUUUCCAAUAUCAACAAAUCCAUGCCAUUGCUUUCCAUCAUAUUCCAUGUUUUCUAAUCGCCAUCUGAUUACAUGUUAACGAAAAAUAUAAUUUCUUAUUAACAUUUUCAGCUUCUCGGCAUAAUUCCAACACAUGCUUCAGCGCAGUAAUUGAAAUUCCCGGCUCAUUAUUAGCUGAACUUAACCAUUUUCUGAUUGUGCUUUGAUAGGGCAAAGCAUUCAUAAAUGUCUUCCUUACAUAUUCGUAUGCUGCCGGCGAAUAAAAAUGUAGAGUACAAGCGAAAUGUUUUAAUUCAUCUGAAAAAGAGCUUUGUUUUUUGUGUAAAAUUUUGUUUAUUAAUUGCUGAAUUAAGGGACAGGUUUUCUACGGAAGAAAAAGAAAUAAACACAUUUUAAAUAAAUACAUAAAAAAAUUUAUAUAAAAAAUUUAUAUAUAAAGUUAAUUAUACGAUUGUCAUAAUUGUACAUUAAUUAUACAUUUUAUUUGUCAAAUAUUCAAUCAAGAGUAUAUAUAAUUUGAUAGAGCUCUAAAAUAACUUCCCUGAUAGUUAAAUGUUAGCAAAUGUUGACAGAUUGACAGCAAAGGACCACAAAGAUUGGUGCGGGUUCCUUUGAUCAAACAUAGUUUGACCAAAUUUGCUGUCAAUCUGCCAACAGGGUUAUUAAAAUUAGUUUGUUUACAUUCAAUAUAUCCAUAACAGAAUCGGUCAGCAAAUUUUUUUUUUUAACUCUUGAAUUAAGUCUUUGAACGUGUGAACUUUUGUAAACAAACGUUUAUUCUUGCAAUUUAACAAUAUUUUUUCUCGUCUUAAGUCUUUCAAUGCUACCGAAAAUCGAUUCCAUAAAAUUUUGUUUUUAAAAUCUUCUUUUCUAAAAAUACCAAAUUCCUUCAGAUAAUGACGUUUUUUUUGGUGAAACACUAUAUUCAUCACCAUCGGAAUAAUUUUUCCUAAAAAAAAAUAUUAGCACAUUAUGACUGAAGAUCUAUUAAAAAAGCUAAUAAUAAAUAUAAUAAAUAUAUUACUUUUUCAAACAUUUCACAGUUUCAUUCAUUGUUCUUAAAGAACCAUCAUCAAUAAUAGCAUUUUCAUCAACACUAAUAUUUUCUACUGUCUCUUUGUCACAAUCCAGUUUAGCCAUAGAGUCUUGGAAAUUUCUAAAUAACACAAAAAUAAUCAACAUUUUUAAAACAAUAGAAAAGAAAAUUGAUUUAUAUUUCAUAAUACUAAAUUUGAAUACUUUACAUUGCAAUGUUUUCAGUGGAUUGGAAAUAUAAUGUUGUGCCCCGGUGAUGGCUCCAGGGACGUCGGUAGGUAUAUCGGGAUCUUUUCAGCGCCUUAGGAGUUAGGACUCGUAGGAAGGGCCGCUCGGUGAUCAAAGAUACAACACUAGCUCGUUCCAACGUUAAGAUAAUGUAUUUUCUUCAGUAUUGCCUUCGUUACACUUGUAGUAUGAUUAUGUAUGUCGCUCGUUUUCUUGUUCUUCCCGGACGGCCCGGUAUAUAUAGGUCGGCUGUUAU